GGUACAUUAAAAAGUCCGUUUUAAAGAAGUGCUUGGACUUUUAUUUUAACAGAGUGGCAGCUUUGCUCAACGCGUUGCCAGACUCGCCGUUCAAAUGUAAACAAAGAGCAAGCACCGUUAAAUGGCACAAGUGUAAAAAUGUCGUAUAUCAGAGUUAUUAAUAAUGAGAAUGCCAUAGUGUUGACCACACCCAAGCGCAAUGAGCUGCUCCGAGACGGUCCAACGGAGUCCAUGUCCCACAGGUGCCACGUUUUGGGUCGCGGCGCUUACGGCACCGUGUUCAAGGCAAUUUAUCGAGAUCACUCUGUGGCACUGAAAGUAAUUAAAAACAGCGCUAUAUCCACUUUGCACAACGAGUCCCACGUUCUCAACUGGAAACACAAAAAUAUAGUUCGUCUGAUGAGAGUCGAAUCGAAUGCUGAGUUUGGAUUGCUCAUCAUGGAGAGACCCAAUGGAUUGUGUCUACAACGAGUGACGGACACGCUUGCUUUGCCCAUGGUGCACAGAGUGAUUAUUACGCUUGAUGUGCUGGCAGCUUUAAGUUACUGUCAUGGUCAGGGUGUAUUGCAUCUGGAUGUCAAGCCACCGAAUAUAUUGAUUGCAUUGGGGGCCAAGUCAAAUCCGAUGGGAAAACAAUCAGUAUAUUAUCGCAGCUAUAUAUGCAAACUAUGCGAUUUUGGCUCCUCCAUCAAGCUGGAUGAGCUGUGCAGCAGUCAAAUGAAUACAAAGGGCACGCUGCGAUACAUGUCUCCAGAAGCUUUGCGAUCGGCGCCUUUAUCAUGUGCCUCUGAUAUUUAUUCCUUGGGGAUCACCAUGUGGCAACUGCAGGCACGUCGCCUGCCCUUCUAUCAACUCAACUGCAAUGAUACCAUUGCCUAUCAAGUUGUGAAAUACGAUCUACGACCUGAUAACUCCGCACUACUCGAGGAACUACAGCUCGGUUCCGAUCACACCGAAAUUGUGCCCUUAAUCAACUGCGAUUGUGAGGAGCGUGGCCAAGGUAUAAAGAAUAACAACGCCGUCGAUCGCAUGUGUAGAUACAUGAACCGAAAUAAUCCACAGUUGGAUGUAGUACUAUCAACGGAGUUGUACAAAAAAGCGCGUCGCAAUCUCAACUUUGAUAGCUCACAUGGUCGUGUGAGCAAGCGAACACUUAAACAGCGCAACAAGAAACCCAGAUUGGCGAAUUAUUUCGAUAAUCUGUCAACUAUUUCAGUCACAUAUCUGGAAAGUGCAUAUAGCGAACUAUAUAAAAGCUGCUGGCUCAGCGAACCUAAGUUGCGUUUAAGCUCACUUGAGCUGCAAAAACAUCUCGAGCUGAUUUUGGCUAAAUGCUUUGCCAACUAGUUGUAAGUUAAUUGUUUUUCAUAUUUGUAACUGUCUAGUAUUUAUUCUUUUUAUUGCAACGAUUAAGUUUUAACUGUAUGUAAAUUGAUUUUAUACCCCUUCAUGUAUUAUUUUUGUUAGAGUAAUAAUUUAAGAGAGCACUUUGUUUUGGUUUAAUAAUUUAUUUUUCGUAACUCUUUUUUUUAUUUUGUUUUGUUUAUUUGUACUUGCUACGCUAAGAAAAUACAUUUAUAAUGUUUAUACGAGCUUAAAUUUAUAAUUUCUCAUUUUUGUCGAGCGUAGUGCGUUUGCUAUGGGUGUAUAUAUCUGUAUAUAUACUAUAAUAUAUGUUUUAUGUAUGUAACUUGUAUUUAGGAUGUGAUGCAAACACGAAGGAACAAAUAACUAACUUGUUCACUUUGCUUUAGGCUGAUUUUUAGUCUCACAUCGUGGCUACUUUAAGAGGGACUAACUAGAGUUUGAAGAAGAGGUUCUCACCCUUAUAUAUACGCGAUACGCUCGUUCAUUGACUUUAUUUACAAAUUAUUAUUGUUGUCAUUUGUUUUAUGUUCGCUUCGAAACCUUCUAUAUGCAUGUAUGUACCUUUAUUAGUAUUUGAUUUGAUUCGUUAUUGUUAUUAUUGUUAUUGUAAAGAUGUCUAAAUAUUUUCACCCAUUUUCGCUACACUUUCGUAUCCAACUGCGCUUUGACUGUGUGUUUGUGUGUGUGUGUGUUUGGUGUGUGACUUUAGGAGUUGAGUAAUGCACUCUACAAAACUGUUUGGUGUUAUCUAACAUAUCAUUGCUGAUAAUCAGAGAUAACCUACAUCUGAUGAAUACAUACAUGCUCUUUACUUUUUAUGCUGUUGUGCGGAAGACUACAAUUUUAUAAUAUUACUUUUACAUCUGCUAAUAGUUUGAAAA